AUGGCAGACGAUAAAGACAACAAUCGCAACGACUGGUUCGAUGAGACCAACCCGUUCGCUGCCUUCCGCCGCUAUGCCGACGAACAGGUAUCCACUUUGCUCCAGUCUAUCACAGGUCUACCUUCAACAGUGACGCCACCUCACCACGACCGAUGGGAGAUUUUUACCGAAGACCACGGGUACGAAAGUCGAGGCGCUCUACAGAGAACCAGCGAUAGCUCGGACAGAGAUCAUCAAAAUGAAAAGCGUGGCGGAAACGAUCGCAAUGACGAAGAUCGCCCCAAGCGAUGGUUCAACGGACCCCACGACUUCUUUGGAUUUGAUUCUUUCUUGGUUCCACUUGCUACCCACCUGAUCAACUCUCACAUCUCUCUCCCGGGCAUGUUCGAAGACACCGAAUCGCCAACUUGGCCGAUCGCCUACUUAAUGCUUAGUCCCUACUCCCCCCUUCACCUAGAGCGCCAAGCAAAAUAUCGCGCGCAUCGCGAGAAUGGUGUCUUUGGAUACAUCAUGGCAUCCUUGUAUCUUGACUGCGAGCGUGAUCCAUCCGAGCCACAAUGGCGGGAGGCGUUUGAGGAUCUUCUCCGACUUGAAAAUGGCAAGCCGAUGCUCAACCGUGAUGCUACCGCUAAACCAGAGUCGGGUAAAGAUUGGCUUCAAGGCCUCGUGAAACGGGGAAGCUUGGGCGAGCGAUGGAAGUUUGUGCCCACCACAGACGGCCGGCCUUGGUCCGGUAUUACGUUCUCUGGUCACUCAGAGCAAGACCAAGACCAAAGCAGUUCUCGAACUCCCCCCGACCAAGAGACAAAGACCGAAAGGAUAAGCGCCGAAACCGAGUUGGAACUAUAUGAGCGCUUCUUGUCUGAUAUCGAAAGCCGAGAGCGUGAAUCCCUCCGCAGUGUCCCCGAAAGUCCACUCGUACGUCUUCUGCUAGCAGAGCACAAAGAUCAACAAGAGGAAUUGGAGAACCACAAGCGAGGUGCACAUAUGACCGAUGAGCGCAUCGACACCAACGAAAACCGGAUCGACCUUUGGUCCGGCGAAAACAAGCAGUCCGCAACUGAGACAUCACGCGACUUGACCGAGAAACAAUCAGAAUCUGUCCCUGAGCCUUCAUCUCGAGUGAUUUCCACCAUGACACGAACAGAGCGUGUGCAACUUCCCGACGGUUCUGUGAAAAGUACCAUUGUCAAGACCAAGCGCUUUGCAGAUGGACGAGAGGAACAGGACUCUUCUGUUGAGCACUCUCACUCUCAGCAAGGUGCUUCCGAGUCCGACAAGUCUCAAAACGGCUGGUUCUGGAAGGACUGA